AUGAAGAACAUAGUCGGAGGCUCUAUCGAGCCUAAGAAAGACUUCUCCUUUUUGGAGUCCACCUCAAUCCAGGGAAAGGAUAACGCCACAUUUACCGAAAGCAAAAUGUUGCUGCUUGACGUCUCUAUCGAAGCAAAAGUCAAGAAUGACUCGACAUCAGGGGAAGAAAGAAAUAUAUCCAUGCACUGGCGUGGCAUUGCUGAAGUUGACAACGUUGUGGAAAGGAUUUUACGGAAUACUUUUGAGGGAGAAACCAACUUUGGUUAUCCAAUUGCUAGGUUUACAAUUGAUGUUAAAGACAACAACCUAGAGAAUCGAAUAUUUGUUGGUCUCGGCCAGUUUGUGGUGAAGGGAGAAAACCUAAGCAUCGUCUAUGAGGUCUACGAACGUCACAUUCAGUCCGACCUUUCUCAGUUGACCAAGACACGACUUAGCAUAAAUGGAGUAACAGUUUAA